AGGUUACCACGCAGAGGUCUGCCAGGCUGUCAGGAGGGGGGGGGGAGGGGUCAGUCGGCCCGGUGCGGGUCGGGUGAGCCCCCGGGGCCGCCGCCGCGCCGGUAGAUAUGCGGCCGGCCGGGCGCCGCCGGCAGCCAGUCGAGCCCCGACCGCCGGGCGCUGCCGGCAGCCAGUCGAGCUCCGACCGCCGGGCGCGCGCUAUGUCUCCGCUGCCGCUGCUGACCGUCGUGCUGGCCGCCGCCGCCGCCGCCGCCGACACCGUCCCCUCCCGGCUGUGCGCCCUCAUCUACCGCGAGCCGGACCCCUCGUUCGAGCGCAUCAGCCUGUCGGGCACGACGCAGUGCCGCUGUGAGUCGGCAUCGGCGGCCAGCUGCCUGGGCCUGGACGCCUACCCGACGGUGGCGCCCAACAGCCCCGAGUCGCUGCUGAGUCAGUACCACCAGCCGAGCGGCAGCGCCGUGCAGUCGCUGCUCGCCUACCAGAUCCAGCUGACGUGCCGCUCGUACAGAGCCGGCGGCCGGCGCUGCCGGCUCACCUGGCCGGCGGACGGCCGCGGCGCCCCCGUCUGCGACUGCGCCGCCGCCGACGGACAGAUCGCCUUCAAGGCGCCCUACUACAUCGACCACAUCCGCAGCCGCGCCGGCGCCACCGGCGGCGACGGCGAGCAGGACUAGAGCCGUCUGCGGCGGGCCUGGUGCGGCCAGGGACUGCCGGCCGGCCGGAGCUGGCUGGCCAAGUCAGACGGCCUCAGGUCAGGUCAGCUAAACGCUCGGGCUCACAGAUGUCGGAGGUCGCUGCCUGAAUUCCAUCUUGCAUGCGAGCGCACCUGAGUACAGCGUGGUUUGCUCUCCGCCGCUGGCCUGUCUGGUCCGUAUGCAGCCCCCCCCCCCCUGCCAGUCCGCCAGGGCUCUAAGGGUUGUUUGAGCAUGUGUUUUAGUUAAUGUUCUGUGUAGUUUCUCGCUUACAUACCUGCUAUAUGUCGUUUGUUUUUAGCCAUUUUCGGGCCAAUGUCAGUUGGUGCAAGUGGCCUGUUUUCGAGUUGAUAUACCCACCGAGUAAGCCGUGUUGUUUGCACCGCUUUGGCAUCUGUUCGGAAUACGCGCUUCACUGCCUUCUGGAGACCUAGACCUACAAGUUGUUUAGCACCCAGUGGCGUUUUUGUGAGGCCGGGAACAAAAUACACAAGUUGUGCGCACGAUCA